GGUUGUCUUAUGCAGCUUCAAAGACAGCAGCAGGUUGAGGGAAGACAUCCAGGAGGGAGAAAGAGGCAGAUGGAGAAAAAAAAACAGCGAGUGACGGGAAAAAAGAGCAAGGAGGGCGCGUGAGGAGGGUGGGAGAGAGCAGACUGAGAGAGAGGGGAGGUGGGAGUAGAGAGAGAGAGGAGAGAGAGAAUAAAGACGGAAGGGAGGUUUAUCCAACCGCGCUGGAGAGACAGAAGUUUCCGCUCUGUGCUUCACAUACAAGGAGAGAAGAUACCUAACAUACAUACAGAUACAAUGCUGCUCCCACUGAGUGUCCUGAUUGGCCUGCUGUGCUUGAGUCAUGCCGGGGGUGCGUGGGGAUUUGCCCAUCUGCUGGAUGAUGUGGAGCUACGCUCUGCCUUCUCAGUUGCACGCACCAACAGCAUGGAGGGCGGGCCCAAGAUGACCGUAACCUUUGAUACUGUUUAUGUCAACAUUGGCGGGGAUUUUGACCCCAAGGCUGGGUUUUUCCGCUGUCGUAUCACUGGGGCCUACUACUUCUCCUUCACAGUGGGGAAAUUUCCACACAAAGACCUGUCAGUGAUGCUGAUGAAGAACAGAAACGAGGUGCAGGCCAUCGUGUACGAGGAAAACUCCGGAGAGGAGAGGAAGGUGCAGAGCCAGAGCGUCAUGUUGCAGCUGGAGUUUGGUGACACUGUCUGGCUCCGUCUCCAUGGUGACCCACGCUAUGCACUCUACAGCAAUACUGGACACUACACCACCUUCAAUGGUUACCUCGUAUACCCUGACACCUAUGGCUUCCAGACACACCAUCACCAACACCAUACUGCCUUCAACUCCCAGCAUCACCAGCAAGACAACACCCCCCUGGUGAAUAGCAACCAGGCCACAGAGCGAGUCAGGUCUGGAACAAGAGACACAGCAGUAGUGGAGCAGGAGAAGGAGCUUCAACAUAGGGAGGAAGAAGAGGAGGAGGAGGAGGAGGAGGAGGAGGAGGAGGAGGAUGAUGAAGAGGAUGAGCAGAGAUCUGCCUUCUCGGUGGGGCGCACCCAGAGCAUUGUGGGAGUCAACCAAGUGGGCAUGCCUCAGCACCAGCCAGUUAGCUUCGACACGGCUUUUGUCAACAUUGGAGAAGACUUUAACGUGACGGAGGGGGUGUUCACCUGCCGAGUUGCUGGAGCAUACUACUUCUCCUUUAAUGUGGGCAAGCUGCCACAGAAGACACUGUCCGUCAAGCUGAUGAAGAACCAUCUGGAGGUGCAAGCUAUGAUCUAUGACGACAGCCAGGGGGAGAAAGCUCUGCAGAGUCAGAGCUUGAUGUUGUUGCUGAAACCAGGAGACACCGUGUGGCUCUACUCCCACCAGAGAGAUGGCUUUGGGGCCUACAGCAACCAUGCCAAGUACAUCACUUUCACUGGCUUCCUGGUUUAUCCAGACAUCCCCAGCACCACUGCCGCCACCAGCCAAUCAUAUGCAGACAAGAAACCCUAGCUGUAGCACAUGGGCUAGGGACCGAACAUUGUGGGAGGAAUUCAUGCUAAGUGGAAGAGUCUCUGAGUCCACAAGAGUGGAGAAUACUUGUGGUUGUAUUUGAAGCUUCUUCUUCAUAUGAAUUCCUUCACAAAGUCACAGAGACCUUGGACUAAUUGCAGAGCUUAAAUGAGAAUCUCUUCAAUUUCCAGCAAUGGCUUCCUGGGAUAUGACUUCAUCACACACAAAUGUGGAACCUUCAAUGACAGUAAUGUGAACUGUAAUUGGAUAUUUCACUCUGUAAUGAAAAUGCAGUCAUUACCUGCUCACCUCUGUGUCAGCUGAGGACUUAGAUAUCAUACCUCUCUGUGACUGAAAUUCAUGGUUCUCAAAAACACUAUCCUGUGUCCACUGUUAGUACUCCAUGAUUGAAGUAUUUUAUAAUCAAUGAUUAACAGUGGGCGGCAUGGUGGUGUGGUGGUUAGCACUGUUGCCUCACAGCAAGAGGGUUCCCGGUUUGAUCCCGGGUGAGGGAGCCCUUCUGUGCGGAGUUUGCAUGUUCUCCCCGUGUCAGCGUGGGUUCUCUCCGGGCACUCCGGCUUCCUCCCACAGUCCAAAGACAUGCAGAUUGGGGAUUAGGUUAAUUGAUAACUCUAAAUUGUCCGUAGGUGUGAAUGUGUGCAUGAAUGGUUGUCUGUCUGUAUGUGUCAGCCCUGCGAUAGUCCGACCUGUCCAGGGUGUACCCUGCCUCUCGCCCGAUGUCAGCCUGGGAUAGGCUCCAGCCCCCCCGCGACCCUCAAGAGGAUGAAGCAGUUAGAAGAUGAAUGAAUGAAUAACAGUGGUUGACAAGGUCCACACAUCCAGUUGGUUCCAGCAAAUUAAAAAUAAAAUGGCAGUUCAGUCUGAUUAUUAGGCUCAAACAAAAUGAUGAUUAAAUAAAUGUGAUGUAUACUGUAUUCUCUUUUUUAAACAUUAAGCCUGGCUCAUUACCUGCGACAGUCAGUGAGUAAUCCUACAUUCUGUGCUACAGUGCUACUACAGACAUGAAGGUGAGGAGGUAAUCACAGAAAUCUCAUUUUGAAGUGAAAUGUUCCUGUAAGUGCAUUUGUUAUCCUCCUUGUCAAAGACUUGGUGUUUCUGGUUGUGUGUACAAAGUUAUUUUACUUUCUUUAUGUCUUUAGAGGCAUGUGAAACUGAUAUGAGCAGUGUGUUUUGUGUCAAAAUGAGUCUCUCUUUUCUUCAUUUUGGAGUGUUUCUCACUCUGAUACUCGGCCACAGUGGGAGCAGAGGACGACAGGACCACACUGACAUAAUUAUGGGAAAACUCAUACUACAUAUCCAUCCCAUACCGACUGUUGACCACAUGCCACCUCUUGGCCUGCGGGGAUCUGGACCAUAAUUUGAUUUCUAAUUCUAGCAGCAGUUUAAUUCAUUUCUUCAGAUGGCGACCACUGUGGGGAAAAUUGAAUAGCUUCUCCCAGGCUUCUGUAAUAUGCAUGUCUGUUUAAUUUCAAGCUGCCCGGAGAGAGAUGAUGCUGUUCAAAUUGUAAUGAACCCUGACUUUAUGAAAUCACCUUCUCUGUUGGAGAAGCAACAUGUGAAGUGAUACUUCACUGUGAUUGAACAUUUACAUGUUUUUGUUUCAGUUAAGUGGAGGUGAAUCUCUGAGAAGUUCUGAUAUAAAGAGAAUGUCCUCCUCCACAAUAUGACCACGUAGGUUGUUUGGACAACAAUAUUUACAUUUACUGUUAGGUGGCAAACUCUAGUGUGACGGGCCAAAAGGAGGAAGUCAAGCAGUGUAGUAUAAAGAGCUACAAAGUCUGUGUAGGUAGGAUGUCAGGUUAGACAGGUCAAACAAACACAGGACUUUGACCCAGGAGAUUGCUGUUUGUGUCAUGUGUGAAACCAAAAGUCAGCAGUGUCCAGUGGUGUAAUGGUGGUUGAUGAGGCGGGUGUAUUGCUAGGUAGAUGGGUAGGUGACUGAGGAGAAUGUGGGUAUACUCCCCUAUAUAUUCCAAUAGCUUUUUGGCUGAUAGGUGAUAACUGAAAAUGGCCAGAAACAAAGAAUACCUAUGUAUACCCUACACCACACCACUGAUGUUGUCUUAUUUGAACUACGUAACAUCACGUGACAUAUAUACGUAAACAAACGCUUAUUUUAAUCCAAACUAUGAUCUGUCUUCUAAACUAUCUAUUCUAAACUAUAAACUAUGGUCUAAGCCAGGGGUUGGCAACCUUUGGCUUCAAAGGCUGUGGCUCUUAAGCUCCUCUCCAGUGGCUCCCCGUGGCUUUGACAGAAAAUUAUAUGGAAAACAUUAACAUUUUAAUUUAGAUUUAUUGUUGUAGGAUGACAGUGAUUCUUACAUUCUUCAGUUGUAAAAAUGUGUAGUUUAUGCACCAAUGUAAAAAAAAAAAAAAAAAAGAAUGUUUUAACAUAUUGUCAACUAAAAUAUGUGUCGUACAUUUGUGGCUUGGCGCCUUUUCCUCUAAAAACAUCACUAGCGAUGGCUAAAGUAGUAAAUCUUUCUAGCUAGGCUAGCUGUGGAUUCCAAAUCCAAAAAAGAAGAAGUCUCAGGGAAAAAUAGAGAAUUUAAUAGUGCAUGGACAAAUUUGUUUGCUUUCAUCUGCAACGCUGCAUAAUGGAAGUUCCAAAUAAUAAUAAAAAAAAAAAGCCCACUGCAGAAUAGCCACCUUGUGUUAAAACAUAUUAAUGAAUGCUCUUUUUUUUCUUAUAUACUUUAUUAAUCCCCCUGUGGGGAAAUUACAUUUUUUCACUCUGUUGUCAUUAACACACAGGUCUGAAACACACUCACACACGCACAAACAGGACCUAUACAUGCACAAAGUGGAGAGAUGUCAGAGUGAGGGGGCUGCCAUGGACAGGCGCCCCGAGCGGUUCGGGGAGGGGGGGGGGUGGGGGUGGGGGUUGUGUCUUGCUCAAGGGCACCUCUCCAGCCACCAGUCCACACUCCAUAUUUGGUCCGGACAGGGACUUGAACAGGUGACCCUCCGGUUCCCAACCCAAGUCCCCAUGGACUGAGCUACUGGCACCCAGUUUUUCAUUUAGCUCUAUUAGUCAUUUUGAUAGGCUAAAUUUGACUUAAAAGGCAGUGUUACCUUUAUUAUCAAUCAAUCAGUUUUAUUUAUAAAGCCCAAUAUCACAAAUAAGGAAAAACUUACCCAAAAAACCCUUAAAUGGGGGAAAAAACGGUACAAACCUCAGGAAGAGCAACUGAGGAGGGAUUUCUCUCCCAGGACGGACAGACGUGCAAUAGAUGUGCAAUAGAUGUCGUACAGAACAGAUCAACAUAAUAAAUUAACAGUGAUUCGUAUAUGAGGUUCAAAUAUGUUUUGCAGCUCCAGGCAGAUUUUUUGUUCUUUCUUUUUUGGCUGAAAAUGGCUCCUUUGAUAGUAAAGGUUGCUGACCCCUGGACUAAACAUACCAGUGUACUGCAGGUAGGUCAGUUU